CAUGCUACAAAUAUCCCUCAGGAGCUGUUACACUGUGCGGUCUUUAACCAAUAAGCAUCAGCAGCUGAAGUGUGACUUUGCAGAGUGAAAGGACACGAAACCUGCUGCAGAUAUGAGCCAAGUUUUGGACAUUGAGCGCUAUGAUCUGGACAUUAAGAGCAACAGCAGAAGCCAUCACACACAGCUGUGUGGAGAGGAGUGUUUGAUCGUCCGGAGAGGGCAGCCCUUCAACAUUAUCUUACACCUGACUGCUGGCAGCAAGGACUUCAAACCCGGUGAACCAGGCCUCACGCUCAUCGUUGAAACGGGUCCACUACCAAGAAAAGAAUCAGACACUAAGGUUACCUUCAAUAUAACUGACUCCACAGUGGACACUGGCUGGAGUGCGUCUGCCACUUAUGAUCCCUCUGGAAACACACUAUCAUUGUCCAUCUCCUCUUCCCCUGAUGCCCCCAUUGGGGUCUAUUCUCUGACUCUGGACCAAAAUGGGAAGAAGACCAGUUUAGGGCAGUUCACUCUGCUUUUUAAUGCUUGGUGCCCCAGAGAUGCUGUUUACAUGCACAGUGAGACAAAGAGGCAAGAGUAUGUUCUAGCACAACAUGGGCAGAUCUACAGAGGAACACAUAAAAGGAUCAAGGGGACACCCUGGAACUUUGGACAGUUUGAAGCAGGAAUAUUGGACAUCUGUCUGAAGAUUCUGGAUGAAAACCCUAAAUUUGUGUCUGAUGCUGAUAAGGACUGCUCUGCGAGGAGAAAUCCCAUUUAUGUGACCAGGGUGCUGAGCGCCAUGAUUAACAGUAAUGAUGACAGGGGUGUCCUGGUAGGAAACUGGGGAAAGAUUGAAGAUGGCACUCAUCCAGGAGAGUGGAUCGGCAGCGGAGACAUUCUGCGUCAGUGGGCAGAAAGCGGUCCUGUCUGCUACGGCCAGUGUUGGGUGUUUGCUGCAGUUGCAUGCACAGUGUCUCGUGCUCUGGGCAUCCCGUGUCGAGUGGUUACCAACUUUGGAUCAGCUCACGAUACCGAUGCCAACCUUGUGAUAGAAAACCUGUAUGAUGAAGAUGGUAAAAGAAUUUCUGGAGGUGAUUCAAUAUGGAACUUCCAUGUUUGGGUGGAUAGCUGGAUGACUCGUCCAGACUUGGGCCAGAAGUUUGAUGGGUGGCAAACCAGUGACCCAACCCCACAGGAAACAAGUGAAGGUGUUUUCUGUUGUGGACCAGCUUCACUGAAAGCCAUCAAGGAAGGAGAGCUGACGCUAAAAUAUGACGUACCGUUUAUUUUUGCUGAGGUUAAUGCCGAUGUUGUGGACUUGGUGCACUUGUCAACUGGACAGUUUGUCAAGUUCAGUGGAUCCACAAAGUCUGUUGGAUGUUUUAUAAGCACUAAAACCGUGGGCUCAGAUGACAGGCGUGACAUCACACACCAAUACAAAUAUGCAGAAGGCUCUAAGGAGGAGAGACAGGUGUACGAGAAGGCCCAGCACCACAACAAGCUGCAGCAGCGAGGAGAAAAGCCAGGGCUCCAUCUUAAGAUCAAGCUGGCUGACAACAUGAUGGUGGGCUCAGACUUUGAGGUGUACGCCAUCCUCACGAACAACUGCAUGGAGGCAAGAACCUGCAACUUUCUCUUCUUUGCCAGAGCAGUUAGUUACAAAGGAAAAGAAGGAGACAGCUGCGGAGUUGCUUCAGAUAAGGUGGAAGUACCCUCUGGAGAAGAAAGACGCUUGUCUCUUAAACUGGAGUAUGAGAGCUAUGGGACAGCAAUAACAUCUGACAGGCUGAUUCAGCUGUCAGCCAUCACCAUUGACAAAGAGACUAUAGAUUUUAAUAAGGCUGAGAAGACCAUUGUGCUGGAUGAGCCAGAUAUAAAGAUCGAGCUGCUGGGAGAGGCCAAUAUAAACCAGUCUGUGACGACAAAGCUGACUUUGUUGAACCCUUUACCAGAGCAGUUGCAGGACUGUAGCUUCACUGUAGAGGGGGUCAGCCUCACUGACAGCAAACCCAUAACAGCCAAGAUUGGAGCUGUGGGCCCCAAACAAGAAGCCAAAGCCACCAUUGAGUUCAUUCCAACCAGUGCAGGUCCCAGUGUGCUCCUGGUGAAUUUUGAUAGCGACAAACUGAAGAACAUCAAGAGUUUCAUCAAUGUUGUCGUGAAGGAAUGAGUCCACCCAGAAUCCAACAGCUCCGAUUUUACUUGUUGCUCUUUCAGUUUAAUCACAAAAUAGCAGCUUAAGAUUACAUAUGGCCCUUUUUAAAAUCUAAUUUAUAAUCACUCCC